CAAAAUUCCCGGGAAAUCACGAGCCCAUGAAAAUUCCCAUGAAAAUCAUGUAUGUAUUUUCUUAACUUCUCUAAUCAAAGCUUAAAAUGCUCGAUUUAAUAGCUUAACAGCAACUUCGCGCUCUCCCUGUUAGAUCCACAAAAUAGCAGCAAGAAUGGAGAUUUUUUACUGGAUGGUUUUUGGUGGCCUAGCUGCAGUGGUAGCAACAUUGGAGUUGAGCAAAACAAGCAGAGAUCGAAUCAACACAUCCUCUGCUUUCAGUUCUUUUAAGAAUAAUUACCUUAUUGUUUAUUCACUCAUGAUGGCUGGGGAUUGGCUGCAGGGUCCGUAUGUGUAUUACCUAUACAGUCAGUAUGGUUUUGGAAAGGGAGAUAUUGGGCAUCUUUUUAUUGCUGGUUUUGGAUCUUCUAUGUUGUUCGGGACAAUUGUUGGAUCGUUAGCAGAUAAACAGGGUCGAAAGAGAGCAUCAAUUACUUAUUGCAUAACUUACAUACUGAGUUGUGCUACCAAGCAUUCUCCCGAGUACAAAAUCUUAAUGGUGGGGCGUGUAUUGGGAGGCAUUGCUACUUCUUUACUUUUUUCAGCCUUUGAGUCUUGGCUUGUUGCUGAACACUUUAAGAGGGGUUUUGAUCAACAGUGGCUAUCAGUGACAUUUUCUCAGGCAAUAUUCCUUGGCAAUGGUUUAGUUGCCAUUGUCUCUGGUUUGUUCGGGAAUGUACUAGUAGACACCUUGGCAUUGGGUCCUGUUGCUCCAUUUGAUGCUGCGGCAUGCUUUCUUGCUAUUGGCAUGGCUAUUAUAAUGUCAUCAUGGACUGAAAAUUAUGGAGACCCCUCUGAAAACAAGGACUUGCUCACCCAGUUCAAGGGUGCUGCAGUUGUCAUUGCUUCUGAUGAGAAAAUCACAUUGCUUGGUGCCAUACAGUCACUAUUUGAGGGUUCAAUGUACACUUUUGUGUUCCUGUGGACUCCUGCUCUGAGCCCCAAUGGUGAGGACAUUCCUCAUGGUUUCAUCUUUGCAACUUUCAUGUUGGCAUCUAUGUUGGGAAGUUCCAUUGCCUCUCGACUGAUGGCUCGCUCAUCUCUUAAAGUUGAAAGCUAUAUGCAGAUUGUUUUUUUGAUAUCUGCUGCUGCUCUUCUCCUUCCUGUUAUAACAAGUUUCUUGGUAGUGCCUUCCGGAGAGAAAGGUGGAGGCAUCUCCUUUUCUGGUUGCAUCCAGCUUAUUGGCUUUUGCACAUUUGAGGCCUGUGUAGGUAUUUUCUGGCCAUCUAUCAUGAAGAUGAGGUCUCAAUAUAUUCCUGAGGAGGCUAGAAGCACCAUCAUGAAUUUCUUCCGCAUUCCUCUCAACAUAUUUGUAUGCAUUGUGCUGUACAAUGUCAACGCAUACCCCAUUGUCUUCAUGUUUGGCAUGUGCUCUGUUUUCCUCUUUGUGGCAUCUCUUUUGCAGAAGCGGCUCAGGUUCAUUACAGAGAGCCAAAGAUCAAGAUCACAAGAGUGGACAGCAAUGAAAGAGACAGGUUCCGAGGCAGAGCCUUUAAAUAUCUGAUUGAAUUUAGACUAAUAAACCUCUGGAACUUCUUAAAUGUUGUGAGCAAGCCACCUUUUCUCCCUUACUUUCGACAGUGGAGCAGCAACUGGGUUGGCUGUUUGCAAUCCAAUCAAUAAAGGAGGAUCGUGGAUUAUGUCCUGCUUGCAGUUUACAGUAAAUGUUUUCUGGGGUUAAGGAUGCAGUUGACAGUAUAUUAAAAGAAACGUUUUUAGGUACAUUGGGUCAGAAGCUUGCUGUCUUUAGAUCUUUAUCAUCUACGAUUAUGUGAACUAGUGUUGAACUACUGCUCCUAUAUCUUCUUUUUAGAUAUAAAUGCUGGAAAAAUUUUGGUGUUUUAAUAUAAAGGUUUUUGGGUA